ACACAGUAGUUUUUACAAAAUGGCGACUGUUGUUGUUUUUCCGUAGAGUCGGUCAAAAAAACGCGUAUAAUCCUUAUUAUUACGGCACAGUUUAGCAAAAAACAUCUUAGAUUUUGUGUCCCUGAAAGACACCGCGGCGUCACGUGAGAUGAAAGGAAAGGACCGGUCGCCCAUUAAAAAGCGCUCACGGGCCUUGGACGAGAUCCGAGACCGGGGAGGAUGCCACCUAAGCAGCAAGAAAAUGGGGGUCGGCUCGGUCUCCGGCGGCAGCAAUAACGGCACCAGCACAGCUAAAGGCGACGGUGGCUCAACCAGAAGAAGUUUAAUGGGUGAAAAACGAGACAGAGACUUUGAUGGCCACGGCCGGGUUGGUAAUAAUCAUGGCUGCCCGGCGGGCGCUAGCUCCGGAGCUAAAAACCACAACCUGAGCCUCUCGCUCGAUUUGACCGCCCCACGGAGCGCCUCGAGGGGCGAGCAGCGGGUCCAGGCGCCCGGCGCCGAGAGUGAGUACAAAACUCUCAAAAUAAGCGACCUAGGCUCCCAGCUCAGCGACGAAGACAUCGAGGACGGACUAUUUCACGAGUUUAAGAAAUUUGGAGACGUCAGCAUUAAGAUUAGCCGUAGCAACGAGGAACGUAUAGCAUUUGUCAAUUUCAGAAAACCUGAGGACGCACGCGCUGCUAAGCACGCGCGUGGACGUCUGGUUCUUUAUGAUCGUCCUCUGAAGAUCGAGCCCGUGUACAUUAACAGGAGGAGAAGCCGUUCCCCGGUGGAGAGAGAGCUGUAUGCAGCAGCGCCAGGCCACAGACACAUGCAGAGGCCGCUGUCGCCCACGGGCCUCGGGUACAGGGACUACCGCCUGCAGCAGCUCGCUCUUGGACGCCUACCCCCGCCGCCGCCCCUGCCCCGGGAACUGGACCGGGACCGAGAGUUCGCCCUGCUUGAGGCCAGAGCACGCCCCGCUUUUGUCCCAGAGAGAGCCACUUUUCGUGAGGAGGACUUUAUAUCUCCAGAGGAUGACCAAAGGGCCAACAGGACGUUGUUUUUAGGGAACCUGGACAUUACCAUUACUGAGCCAGACAUAAGGAGGGCUUUUGACCGGUUCGGGGUCAUCACAGAAGUGGACAUUAAAAGGCCCAGUCGGGGCCAAACCAGCACAUAUGGAUUUUUGAAAUUUGAGAACCUUGACAUGGCUCAUCGUGCUAAACUUAGUAUGUCUGGCAAGAUAGUAGGUCGUAACCCUAUAAAGAUAGGCUAUGGGAAAGCCACCCCCUCCACUCGCCUCUGGGUGGGUGGACUUGGACCCUGGGUGCCUGUAGCUGCCUUGGCCAGAGAGUUUGAUCGCUUUGGCACCAUAAGGACCAUUGACUAUAGAAAAGGGGACUCUUGGGCCUACAUCCAAUAUGAAAGCUUAGAUGCUGCACAGGCUGCAUGCACACACAUGAGGGGCUUCCCUUUGGGGGGUCAUGACAGAAGACUGAGAGUAGACUUUGCUGAAACUGAGCAUCGUUACCAACAGCAGUUCUUGCAGCCUCUCCCUAUACCCCCCUUUGACAUGGUAGCAGAGUCCUUUGUGCACAGGGCCACUGCGGAGCCCUUCAGGGUCCGAGAACGAACUCCUCCGCCUGUCCACUUCAGAGAAAGGGAACUGUUUCCUGCCAAUGACUGGCCCAACCCUGCCUUUCGGGAGCGGGUCAGAGCCUCGCCCUUUGAACCGUUGGAACACUUGGACCGUGAGCGGAGAGCACGGGAGUCCUGGUCUUUGGAGAGGGAGCUGCAAAGUCGUGAACAAAGCAGGAAGCGGCGCACUAUGGAGGACGGGCGGCAUUUAGAUCAUUCUCCUGACAGCACUGAAAGGACAGCAAGGCGCAGACGUGCCUCUCCAGAGGGCAGCCCAGGGGGCAGCAGCAGAGACGGGGGGCGCUUCAGUGACUCGGAGCGCCCUCUACGGCCCGACAGACCCUCUCCAGCUCGAGAGUGCCACAGCAGCCUGGAGCGGGUCGGGGCCGAGCGGAGACUCAAAGGCCAGAGUGUCUCUGAGAAGUCGUCUGGCAGUGCGGCUCCUGUCGAACGCAAACGUAAAUCUGGUGAGAGCAGCAAAGGCUCUGCUAAGCGUGAGCGCAUGGACAACUCCAAGAGCCAGCUCUCCAAACAGGACAGCAAACAGAGUCCUGUGUGGAGCGGCAUGCUGCUGCUCAAGAACAGCCACUUCCCUGCCCACAUGCACCUCCUGGAGGGGGACCACAGCGUGCCCACCGACCUACUCCUGGACGCCUCUGCACGACCGCUGAGCGAGCUGAAGAUCACCCAGCGUCUACGUCUGGACCAGCCCAAACUGGAUGAGGUCUCCCGUCGGAUCAAGGUGGCAGGACCCGGAGGAUAUGCCAUUCUGUUAGCAGUGCCCGGGACCACGGAGGAGUCCACCUCUGAUGCUGCAUCAACUCAACGGCCACUUCGAAACCUGGUGUCCUACCUCAACCAAAAGCAGGCUGCUGGGGUCAUCAGCCUGCCUGUAGGGGGCAGCAGAGAGAAGGACAGCACAGGGGUCCUUCAUGCUUUCCCUCCCUGUGAAUUCUCCAAGCAGUUCCUGGAUUCCUCUGCUAAAGCUUUGGCUAAAAGUGAAGAGGACUAUUUAGUAAUGAUUGUGGUCCGAGGAGCAUCUUAAAAAAAAAAAAGAAAAAAGACCACACUAAUUUGAAGUUGUUAACUAUUGCAUGCUGUGUGAUCUGCAUUAUGGGGUACACUAGUACUUGAUUUUCCAGUGUGUUUGUUGCCAUGGCACCUAAGUUUAAGUAUUUUCCCCAAAGAUUGUGUGUUUAAAUUUCAUUGGCAGAACAAAUUUAAAAGUGAGUUGUUUCACAUUUACACUGAGUUUCAAGGUAAAAGGCAAGUCUGAUUUUCUCUCAUGUCAAUAGCUAAAUAUUUUGGUUUCAUGCAACAUUAAAAUCCUCAUCACUUUAAAUGACAAUGCUGCUUGAAAAAAACAUUACAUUGGAGACAGCAGUCUAAAUUGAUAUUGAUCUGAAUUAAUCUGGUUAAAGAAUAACAAAUACCUGUAGCAUAUAAGAAACAGGACAUGUUUUUCUUGUGUUUGGAUGUGGCUUUGAGGUCAAAUGAAAAGUUCCAUAGAAAUGUGUAGUCUAAUUACUAAAAAGGUUACAAUUUCUGCAGUUUUUGGUCAAAGUGUUUUGCAUACGUUUGUUUUCUGUUCAAAUGAAUGUUCUUAACUAAACUAAACACAGAGUAGAGGAUGGACACUUGCUCCUGGUAACACUAGACUGUGGGAUCUUUGACCAGGUUGCAGACUAUAAAACACUACACCAGACAAAGUACUAACUAUUGUUUAAUCUGUACAGCCGAACUCCUGAUGUGGUUGUGGAAUGUGAUAAAAACUACAGUAGUGACUGAUUCACAUCUGAGGAGUGUGUGUUCAUGUUCUGACAGUCCUUUUAUUUCAGGUUUUCAAUCAUCAAUAUUUACUAUCAGUAAAAUGUCUGCAAAGUAACCAAUCCCUGCUAAUUGGCCAGCACCUUUGGCUCAGUUUGAUAUUUUUGGAGACAUUUUUUAUGUUUAAAUUUUAUUUGUAUAAAAUCGGACAGUGUUACACUUGCCUGUCCUUUCCCCUGGCCUAUUGCAGUGGUUGGUUACAUCCUUGUUUAUCAAGCCUCACAGUCUGGCCUUUGUUUUGAGUUGUUUUGAUUUUAUCUGUCCUGAAGACGUUGAUGUGAACGUGCUCCAUGUGCAGCUCCUCUCUGGACUCAGGGGAGUCCUGACUGAGGCUCCUGACUGAGGCCUAGUGUGUGUUUGUUUCUGCUCACGGCCCUCUACAUCUCACAUGAGCUCUGUUUAAAUGGAAAAGUCAGCACUGUACCUUUUGAUCUCAUGGGAAAGGAAGCCUAUAGACCUGCAGCUGUUCUGCAAGUACACCUGGCACUUUCUGUGACCCAUUAUCAAUAAAUUGUUCAUGUGAAGGAAACAUGUUUCUUCGAUGGAUGUGAUUGAAGAAA